GCGAACAUAACCUCCACCGACGACGCAUACCGUGAAAGCGACGAGAACAGCGACAACGAGAUCAUGAUCAUGUCAGUAGACGUAACCUUCGACAUCGUCACCGCCAGCAUAUGCGCGGCUCUCAUCCUCGUCCGCUGCGGCUACCGCAUCUUCUCGCGCUGCAGGGUCCACGACUCGUGCCACCGGACAUGGCACGCCGACGACGCCUACAUGGCCUUUGCCAUCGUGCCUCUCAUCGGCCGCACCACCUGCAUCGCAAUCUCCUUCGUCCUCAACCCGACACACACCUUCGGCCUACCAACACCAGAAGACGCCGCCGCGCAGGGCGUCUCCAUCGCGCAGCUUGAGGAGAACUAUGUCGCCUCGCGGAAGCUGCUGAUCCCGUCACGAAUAUUUUAUGCCAUGUUUUUGUGGUCUCUGAAGCUGUGCCUGCUCAACUUCUAUUCCCGUUUCGUCGAUGUCUUCCAUUGGGGGAAGGUCGCCACUACUGCGCUCUGGUGGUUCAUUGUCGUCACUUUCUUUAUUGUCUUGAUACCCACUCUAGCCGAAUGCCGGCCACUGUCUUUGAUGUGGCUUCCUGAUCCGACGGGUCAAUACUCCUGUCACCGAGCGGUCGGCAAUCUUGUCACCAUGGCUGUCUUUAACAUUGUCACUGAUAUCGCCCUCAUCAUUUUUCCGUUUCCCAUCCUUCGUCACGUCAAGCUUGACGGAAAAGUAAAAGCGCAACUCAUUCUUCUCUUCAGCAUUGCUGGCCUCAUUGUAGUAAUUACCAUCAUGCGACUGCCCAUGAUACUGAACCAGGCAGUAUCGCAGCGGUCUCGCUCCAUGUGGGCAUCCAUCGAGAUACUCUGCGCUUGCAUCGUCGCAAACACCGCCUUCUUCUACGCACUCCUCAAAGACUACCAACGAGGCCACGACUCUCGCGUGACCGGCUCGAGUAGCUACGCACGCCAGCCUGACUUCUACAUGCAGGCCAUCCCAUCGCCCGAAAUGAGGCGGGCCACAGACCCAACAAACAGGUUCAUUCGGACCGACACCAUGAGCAUCCGAGCGAUCGCCAACCUGUCCAACUGGUCCUUCGGGGCCAUAUGCGUCCUCUCGGCACUUCCCUUCGUUGGCAUCUCCUUCCCGAACCAGCGUGCGGCGGAUUACUACGCCGGCAAAAACAGGUGGAUAUCCGAGCUCUCCGGAGGCCGGCUUGACCCCACUCAGGCCGGGUAUGCCGGUGCCGUGCUGCGGAUCGCGGUGGGUACCGCCGUCUUGGUCCCGGCGACGAGGGAAGCGGCUUUGCUGAUCAACGGGGCUAUUGUAACACGAGGUACGAUGUUGGCGGUGCGGGACGGGAAACCUCUUCUGCCGCAAUGGGGCAUGUUGGGUAUCGUUGCUUGGUGUCUUGUGCUGGGUCGGGUGGCGAGGUGA